AUGUCGACGCAACGACUCAACACAAUGCACCUUUUUCCGAUUUGCGAUAUUACGGUAAAUACGUACAUUGUGAACGUAUAAUAUCUAGAAUCUUUUGUAUUUGAAUAGUGAGACGAUGAAGGCGCAAUGAUUAUAUUCGAUUGAAUUGCUUGACUUGGAGGCAAUUCAAGCGGAUAGACGAAACCUUUUUAUUAUGUUAUGUAAUCGCUGCCAGCCGUCAUCGUUUUCAUUUUCAUUUGAACCGCUUUCUAUGUUAUGUACUUCAAUUCAACUUUUCCCCAAAAAAAAAGGGUUUCCUUCAAGUUGAUUCGAUUUUAAUUUAAAUCAACAGUCCGUUAGCUAUGGAUAGUUGUCAUUUGUUUCCUUCGUUCCAUUUUAAACUUUCAAACGCUUGGUCUGAUGACAAAGUGCAUUCUCCUCUGCCAACUGGUUCCAUCUCCCUCUACUCACUGGGAACUGUGUACCUCAUUCACUCUCACUCGUUUCUUUUUAUCUCUUCUUUUCCUCAUUUCCUCCUCUUCCUUCGAAGUGUGGUACCGUGACAAAACAAUAUACGAGAGGAAUGGAAUUUGCAUAAGAAGUGUCUCCCCCCUUUUCCACAGAUCACCAGCGGCACGCGCUUCCUUUCCUUCCUCUCCGCUCGAUUCGUUCGUAAAUACCAUCAAUCAGUAGGAGGUGGGCGACACCGCUUGAGGAGGAGGAACGUUUUAUGAGGGAUAUGUAGGCUAAAGACCAUUUUUUGUUGGACUAUGUGUAUUCCGGAUCGACGUGGCAGAAUAGCCGUAAUCUAUGUAUUCAGCGUCUUCUCGUUUCUUAUGAAGGCUUCAACGCCAACUUUUUCCUUUACUCCAAAGCCUUUCUAACUGUUACACAAUGUGUCAUCAUCCAUAUUAUGACUCUUUCUUCUGGGUGCCUCUCAAAACAAAAGGCAUAUGGUCACCUCAUAUUUCACUGCCCCCUCCCGGCCGGUGCCAUCGGCUAUCUCAAUUCGAUUAGCCAGAUGCUCCCAUCCCCUCCGUCUCCUCGGUUUCUUCAGUUUUCCAACUCGAUUUCCUUCCAAUUCUUUGCCAAUUCUUCUGCUUCCCACUUUUGUUGUUUCUUUUGCUCCAUUCCCAUACAAACUUUGUCUCCGCUCGAUGUGUAUCUUCUUCACUGGUCACUUUUUGUUACAAAGAGUUUAGAAGUUUUUUGAACCGGAAUUCUUGCUUGUCAUGCGUUCAUUUCUGACCAAUAAGUACUUCUUUUAUUCUCUUCUGGGUGUAAUUAAUUAGCUUCAAAUGCAUCUCCGGUUUGUCCCCUUCCUCUUUUCUGCUUCCUUUUGCCCAAUACCGCCCGUCUUCAUAUCCCACUCUCAUCUAUUUUCUUCCCUUUUUGCAAUUUCUCGAAUACUACAAUAACUUUUCACACCACCCGAUAAUCCAUUAACCUAUCUUUUCUGAUAGGGCUAUCUGUCAUCGCCUCAUUUUUCUGCAUUUUAUCUUCAUGUAUCUCAAUUUAAUCACCUAUCGGAAACGCAACGACCUCCAACCGAAUUUAGAAUAGUUUCUGGCCAAGAAGGCGAGUAUAAAGGUCCGAUCUGGACUAAUACGAUCAAAACCGUUGUGUACACUUGCUCAUAACACGUGCUUUUCCUUCCAAUCAAUCCAUGACACCAAUUCGUAUCAUCAUAUCACCCGCAAGAAGCCUCCCUCACUUCAUUUCAUCUUUUUUGCAUUACAACGCGUUGCUCUCCCAAUGACAUGAUGUCUUCAGAGCUCUUUUGCAUUCAUUCCUCCACCAAUAUUUUCCGUCGACCACCAUCAUUAUUAUAACGAUCGUUUUGUGUGUGACACCUGAUGUGCUUGCUCCUCAAACAAUUCGUUGCGCCGAUUUAUCAUUUUCGUGAUAUAUAAUAUACGUUCACGAAAGUGCCCCGUCCGUUUUGUUACUCACUCCCUCACACCUGCCCUCAUCGCUCAGCGGGCGAGGUCACUCUCUUUUGCAUUUUUCAAAAAAUCGCGCCAGAUAACACUACUUCGCGCGUCUUUUGCGAUUCAAAUCUCGCGGUUUUUUUCUUGGCGUCGGCGCCACCUUUUACAAGAUAAACAUAGUCUUUGAAACCCUCCAGUAGCUAUUGUAGUACAAGUACAAGUUCUUCGUCUUUUGUCUUUGUUUGCCCACAAGAAGAAGAAUCUCUGUUUGUGGUGGCCCCGACGGAUUAAGUGGACUUAGAGUAGGUUAACAUAUGCUCUUUUACCGUAUUUUUCCGACCCGAUAAGUCUCCUUGCCUUUUCCGACGAUCGCAAAAAAUUAUCGUCAUCGUCAAGUUUUUGCGUAGUACGUUUCGGAUAAAUUAAUUCUAUCGCCCGUCGAUCUUUAUCUUCUCCUGACCGUUUUUAUUUUGUAAUGUGAUUCAAGUGAACACUUUUCGAAGGCCUCAAUCAUUUGCUUUCAAUUUAUUUACUCAACUAUAGAGCUGUCAGAUAAAUGAGAACAUAAAUAAGCGCUCCAGCUAUUAACCUAAUACCAAUCUGGUUUUUUAUGACGUGGCGCGGCGGCGACAAAAUUUAUUUUAUGAUCUCUUCGGGCGGGAACAUCAAAGGUUUUCCACUCCAUUUAAUACCUGCGAAGCAUGCCGCUUCACACGCUUUUGUCUAUUCACUAUUGAAUUCCCAGUCUUCCAUGUCGUUUUCUUUUUGCAGAUGACAAUGUCAAGUAAUGAACGAUUGACCAUACGAAUCGACAGAGGAAACCGUCCUGCGAUUACACUGAAUGCUGCCACGUCAAAUGUACAGGUGAGUUUUAUUAAGCCUACGGUUUUGUUUUUUUGUACUUGUUCCUGUUCAAAACUCAUGAAAAACUUACAGAUCUACGUUCCUCUGGACACUUCAGUCAAUUAUCAGCCAGUCACACAAGAUGUGGGCAACGGAUUCACGGUAAAACUGCAGAGGAUGCAGCAGCAGUAUAAAAUUGUAAUGCAACAUAUUGUAAGUGUUUCUAUCAGUUUGUCCCGCUUAAUUUUUCCAAUUUCAGCACGAAAAGAAGCCAGAAUUUGCGGUUUUCGCAUCAAAUCUCGUACAUGAGAAAGAAAUUAAAACGACAGUGAGAGAAGUGAACACAAAGAUACCAGAUGUAAGUAUUUGUUGCUAUUUCUCCCAAGGAAAAUUGGAAAUGUAACGUAAAACGUUUGUAUUUUCAGUUAACAAUAGCCGGAUCAAAUUUGGAAGUGUCUGGAAUACUAAAAGGGCACAAUUUGACAUUCGAGAGUACGGUUGGUAAGUAUUUUCACUCAUUUAAUGUCAUUGAGAGUGCCGUAGCACCGUCGAACCAACUCAUCAAUCACUUUUUGCAGGUACUAUGCACGUCUACGCUAAGAUCACAUGCACAGGAUCUCUGAGCGUCCACUCGCAAAACAUUGUGAUCUCAACAGAAGCUCUUCUGAGCACAGACGUCUUUAAAGCGAUAUGCAGGAAGCUGCAAAACGAUGGACGGAUAUUUCCGGUGGAAGAAAGCCAGGAGCCAAUGUCCGUGGAGCUUUCUUGUAAUCUGGUACACAUUGGAGUGGAUGGAAGCAUCGGUGCAUCAAAGGAGAGAGAGAGGAAGAAGCAGAUAGUGGCCGAAAACUUGAAGCUCUCAAUAGCUGGAGAUCUUGCAAACUACGGAAAGAUCAUUGCAAAGGAAAGGAUUGAUUUGUUAGUUCAAGGGAAUCAGAUGAGCUUAUCAGACGGAUCCUUGGACAGUGCUGGAAGAGGCUACAAUGCAUUGAAGAAGCUCAGAAAAGUUGGCGAAGGAUCUCCGCAUUCAUGUGCUCCGUCCAGCAGCUCCAUGCACUCGGCAAUUCAAAAUCAGAACACUGGAACCGUGGCGAACAUGAUUGAGAAGGGAAUCGAUCUAAAUGACACCGUUGGACGAACGACGAAAAGCAAGAAGGUCACCUUGAAGCAGUCAGCAAUUACCGAAUACAAGGAGGCGAGGGAGAAGUCAAACCUGAAUUCGGUUAGAGAAAGAAUCACCCUCAUCAAUGCACUGUUUGUGGCUCACGAGUGGAGAAGAGGAAGCAUCCAGGCCAGUUCCAUCGCUGCCGUGAUCGCUAGGAAUUGCGAAGAUGUCGCGCAGUUCAGUGCAAAGAAUCUGAAGUUGAAAGUGAGCGGAAUCACAAUUUGUGAAAAGGAUUCCAUUUGGAACAGCACUUGGGUGGAAUUGGAGUGCAAGCAGCACGUCUACUUCCACGGACAAACCAAGACCCGGACUAUGAUUCUGCACACCGAUGCAAACGUCUUCACUACGAAUGAAGCAAUUCUGUCGUGUGAGCUUUUCGGAAGAAUCGCUUGUGUCAAGUAAGUAAAAUUAUAGGGAGAAGUUAGUAAAUUUCAAAGUUUUCAGGUUUGACUGCGAAGGAAUGUGGUGUGCUGGAGAGAGUCUUGUCAUCGAAACAAUUGGCAACAUCGUCUUUAAAGAGGGCUCCUACAUGGAAUCAGAGAAUCUGGAACUGGAAUGCAGAGGUGCUUGUGAGGUGGACGGCACGUGGCAACUGACCUCAGGAUGGGCUCAUGUCCUUGGAAUGCUCACUGUUCAGCCAAAUGCAAAACUGUUCAUCGAAGAGUCUGCAGAUAUCUCUGCUCUUGGACUUCAUUUCAGUGGUUUCUGUCACGUCACCGAUAAAAUGGAUCUGAUACUCCAGGACUCUGCCCAUUUCUUCGGUUCUUCAAGGCUCGAAGCUCAUGUCGUGCGACUAACCUGCAAGGGAUUCUGUACAAUGGGAGGAUCCAUUGCAGUCGGCGAUCUUUCCGUGUAUGUGAGAAACGAAUUAAUCACAACUUGCACUGGAAAAGUGAUGGUUCUGAGUAGCGCUGACGUCAUCACAGGAUGCUUCCGCAACGAUUCCCUCUGGCAAGUGGAGAAGAACCUGAAGAUGAUCACAGGAUCGAUCGAACAGUCUGAGGACGGAACGAUUUUUGUGAAGUACUCAAUGGAGAUUGUAAUUCAUGAAGAGUGCCAAGAAUUCUUCGGUGGCAAAUUGGUCUCCAGUGAAAUCAUUCUGAAAAGUCUGAAAUCGUGCAUUUUCGACGGUCUCAUUCGAUGCAACGAAAUGCAAAUAUCUCUGCCGUAUGUUGGACAGUCAAUGGUAACUCUCAAAGGGCAGGCUGAUAUUGUUGCUGGAUCGUUGACCGUUAAUGGAAAUCUGUCCGUUUUCGAGGAGAAUAUCAGGGAGCCAGUGUUGGCCGGGCUCAUAGUUGCGUGCAACUUGACUGCUGCUGCAAUUUUGGCACCAUUCGCUUCAGUUCACAUUGCUGAAAAUGCUGUCGUACGGUAAGAAAUUAUGCUAAACAAUCAACCCUAUUUUUGUCUUAAUUUCAGCUUGAACGGUAUAGAAUCCUACAAAACGGAUGAGUUCAACGUGCUCCUCAACUGUGGAGGUCUGUACACCGAGAAAGAAAGCGUCGUGCUGUCAAUGGCCGCAGAGAACAACGAAAAGCGAAUCAAGUGUGAAGCAGUCAUCUGCGCCACCACCUUCUAUCACCGAGGACAAAUCAGAUUCAGUGGACAAGAAGUGAACAUUCUGGCGCCUGUAUUUGUCCAUGAGGGAAGGCUUUCAAACGUGGACAACAAGCAGAAUCAUGUGAAGAGUCUCUUCAUUCACAUUGGAGAACUUCUCCUUAACAACGGAAUCUUGGCGUGUGACUUUCUGGAAAUCGUUGGAGAUGGAAUGCUGGAGAACACGAACAGAAUCUACGCGGUUGAGUCGAUGGACAUCAAACUCAGAAACUUCAACAACGACGACGGACUUAUUGAGUCGAAGAACUCGAUGAAGCUUCUGGCAGUCUCCAAGGAAUGGACAAAGCUUGGAGGAUCUAUCAAGGCUAAGAAAAACGUGGAUCUAUGCGCAAACCGGCUCAAUGUGGCAAUCAGAAACGUGCAGAACUUGUCUGUGGAUAAGCGCCUUGUUUUCUCAGCAAAGACAGAUCUUCUGAUCUCCAGUGACGUCGUUGAUGAGUCUAAAGAGCUGUCAGUCGGAUGCGCGGCUCAGAAGAGUGUCGCAGUGGAUUGUCAGAUGCAAGUGGAUCGACUGGAAGUAUUAUUGGGCGUUGAUAGUGAUCCAAAACUUCCUGCGACAUUUGCGGUCUAUCAAAAUGCAAGUAUUCUGGCUAACACGAUAUUGGUCACUUCUAAAAGUGAACAUGUUCAAGUGCUUUUCGACGGAAAUGUGAACUGCAACCGGCUCCGGUUUGCGGGAAGUGUGAAAUCAGUGAGUUUGAAUCAAAUUGGCUUGUUUUGAUUCUGAAACUUAUUUAUUUCAGGUCACAAUAGUCGGUUCCGGAAAUUUGGAGUCGGUGUACAUGAUGCUUCCAAGUGCCAGCGUCUCAUUCGAAAUGUACGCAGUGGUCAGAGUGGAUGAACUACAGUGCCAUUCCUUUGACGUCUUCAACGAAAACAUUCUGAGACUGGAAUCUUGUGAAGGAGAAGACACGACGACAAUUGUGACGGAAGAUUUGAACAUCGAGGGGACGAUUUUCCUUGAGAAGAAAUUGUUCAUCAAAUCGAGAGAAGGAGUAGUGAGACUCAGCGGAAAUGUGCUUGGAUCGUCACCAAAAAGCGAAAUUGCCUGCGAGGCAACUAAAAUGGUUGUGAAGGGUCAAUUGGGAAACUUCAAGUUUGUGGAGCUCUUCGCCCGAGAGAGCAUCUCCCUGCAGAAUGAGAAGAUCAGACACGCGGAGAAGGUGUGCAUCGAAUGUGCGGAGCUGAGCAUCUACAACGUCGAAAUGGAGAGCUGUCGGAAUGUGAGCCUCAACUGCGACUCUUUGACAGCUUCUGGACACAUCCAAGGGGAGCACGAUACUACAGUCACCAUCAAUUCCACCAACAUUCACUCCAAACUCGAUCUCUUCAACUUGGAACGCUUCUCUGUGUUCUGCAAGCGGAGUACAACUCUCAAGGGAAAGUACGAGCAUGUGCAGCAGAUUGACGUAGAUUCCAAAUGGAUCAAUAUGAGUUGUGACGUGGAACACGCGAGAAGUAUCAAGUUGACUGCGUGGGCAAUAACCGGCAACAAUCAAAUGUGCGCCAAUGACAUCAAAAUCACGGCGCUCAGUGUAUUUGUGAACAAUUCAUCUCUGCUGGCGGCUUCUCAUUGUCAGAUAAUUGCCACGUUCAUCCUUUCUCUAACCCGAAUGUCAGUGAUAUCUGGAGAUCACAUUUCAAUGUACUCGCUCUGUCUCUGCACCCGAAACGAUGUAUCGAAUGUGGUCGGUGUCAAUUACCUGUGGCUGAACUUUGAUCCGAUGACCAGAACAAUGGGAGCCACAAACUCUGAGAUGAAUAGCUGGAAGACGACCAUCGCGCUUCUCAGAGACCGUUGGAUGACGACUUCCAUCGAUGCAGAUGAGAUCUUGAUCGGAUUGAAGUACAUCAGUGACUUGCAAGAAAUCAAAAUUCCCUUGAACACCGAGAAUCAAGUCUACGAGGGGCUUGUGGAGAUCUGUGAUCGCUUCAACUCCACCCCAAUCUCGCUUUUCAACUAUGGAGAGUUCAUCAACGUGAUCCAGAUGGCUCGAGGAUUGCUCCAAGUUGUUCAAGAUGUUUCUAAUGGCAAAAAAGAAAAGAAGAGACGGUCUGAUGGUUCCCUGUACGAGGCACUGGUUCAGUUCAAGCACGGAAAGUACAGCAAAGAGACGAACGACUCAUCAGACACUGAUAUUGGAUAUGUGAGCAGAAGUUCCAGUGAAGAUUUGAACACGAAAGCGAGUCGACCAAGGUGAGUGAAUAGCUUUUCUAUGACUAGUUAUAGUUUCAAUGCAGUUGAAAAACGUCCCCCGAAUUAUAUUUCUUUUUAUUUCAGAAGCCCACUCGUCUGUGAUCAUUCCCCGAGCUUUUUCGAAAUUUCCCAUCUUGAAAACAUUGAAGAUAGGGUGUCAAAAGCCGAAGAGGAAUUGGAGAACGAGCUGAAACUUGAUCAUGUGGCCUACGCCAUCAAAGAAAAAGAGGAGCUCGCCGAGUUUGAAGAGCUGGAGGAUGAAAUCGAGAUGGCCGAGGAGGGAAUAGUCCGAACCGAUUUUGUCAUUUGCAAGGAGAAGAGUAUUUAUUUGGCAAAGUGAGAAAGCAUUUCAUGAACUGGAAUAUUAGAAAAAAUGUUUCAGAUUGAAAGAAAAAGUGCGAACAGUGAGUGCGCCACGUCCAGUCGUCAACAUUCCUAUUCAAAGAAUGCCGUCUUCCAAUGACUUGGUCAUGAAGAAACUGCAAGUGAAGCAAGCAAUCUCCAACCUGGAUCUUCGCUCUUUCGGAAGUCAAUCAUCCCUGGCUUCUCUUGAUUUUGGCACGGUGCCAGAUUUCGGAAGUCCUUUGCAGUUCUCAAAACCCAGCUCGUUCCAAAGAUCGAAGAUCCCGUUGGGCUCAUUCAGAAGUCCUAAGAAGCCGAUGAGCCGCGUUGGUACCCCUACCAUGUACUCCUCAACCUUAUCCAGAUUCAGUGAGAAACUUUAGUACUUUUAACUUACUAACGUUCUUAAGUUAAUCAAUCUAACCUUUACUAAUGUACUGCUCUUUAUGUCGGUUAUAUAUUUUUGUUUACUCUGCCUACUUUUAGCAACGGGUUUCCAUGUAAAUACAUGACAUCCGUACCUGAUGAAUAAACUGUUUCUUUAUGCACUACGAAAAAUUUUCAUAAUAUGAAAUACAAUCAGACAUUUGUGUGCAUCGUCACAGAUCUGCAUCACAUGUAUAAUAAGUGGCACAUGAUUAGGUUCAGCCUAAGUCAGGAAGUCUAGCUCAGCGGAGAAUAGAUGAAAUCAUUCAAGUAAGGGUAUCAAAAUGAUCCUCUAGGAUUGUUCUACACAGCGCAUUUGUUGCUGGGCAUGUAUAUGUCAUGGCUACGGUGCUAGACUUGCUACUUUUCGUACUAAAAUGUGAACGAUUUGAUGUAAAGUCAGCAAGUCCAGCUAAGCGAAAAAUAGUGAAAAGUGGGCAAGUUAUGGAAUGAAAAUUAUCCUUUUGGAUUGCUCUAUCCAGCUCACUUGCUGCUGUGAGGUACAUAUCACGGCCGCCCUGACACGGCUGCAAACGUUUAUGCACUGUCAAUAGUACUUCAGUGAGUGUAGUUCACUGACGAAUCGACAAAACUUGGCAAGUUAUAAUAUCAAAAUGAUUGCCAAAACAUGCUCUAUUCAUUCCACGUGAUGCUGUGAGUGAAUUCAAUUAUACACCUUUAAAAAGAAAGAGAAAAUAUCACGGCGACAACAUUCUCUUUUGGUCAGUUACUUUUUAAAAAAAUGUUUCCCAACUUUUGGUCAGUAAGCCACGGCUUGAUAGCCUAGAUCCUUGAUUAGGUUGGGUUACGAUAGAAAAUCACCUGGAAAAAACAGGUGAAUCUCUGUUAUUCUCUUAUUUUUAUCUUGUUUCUAUGGAUACAAGAAGUCUUGUGACACGUCAAAAAGAGCUCACCCAUUCUUGAGCAGUCAUGAAAUUCAUUUCAUAGACGACAUGCUUGACGGUAUUCUGAAUCCAGGCACUUCCUACAAUGCCUCCUUCUGCUACAAUGUGUCCCGUGGCCGUCUCGUCACUAUCGAAUGCGAUUAUCCGCUUUUCUAUUACCUAGAAAGUGUUCUUUAUCGCUCCGUCUUCGGAUGCUUCUUCCAUCUCGUCGAAGUGCUCCUUCUUGGCGCUCUCUGGUUCUGCAACAUCUGGAUUCAACGAGACUUCACCGAAGCGUUCAUGUCUUCUGUGGCCGUUCCACUCACCAUUUCCACCGUUAUGAAGAUUGCCACUUUCGUAUGGGACAUGCUGUUCCCAAAAGACAUUGAAAAGUCGUGGCUAAUUGAUAUGGCUUAUGCGACUUCGGUCACAACUGCUCAGAUGACGUUGGUUCAGGGCCUUCCUUUCUUGCUGUUCAUGGCGAUGAAAAUGGGAACUUGUCGGAGACAGAGCUACGGACUUUGUACCUGGAUCCCAUACGUUCUGAUCCUCGUGCUUUCAUUCCCACUUUCGGCCAUCUUCAACAUGUUCUACAAGCCCACCUACGCAGCCCCUUCCCUUGUCGCCAUCCUUGCUCUCAUCAUCAUUGCUCUCGUCUUCAUGUUCGUUUUCAUCGGAAUGAGUUGUAUGACGUUUGCGUGUUGCUCCAAGAAGAAGCUCGCCAUGGACAUGUUGGAUCCGGUUAUUUAUGACGCUAGAAGCCGGCUGGGAUGGUCGAUGCUCUACUCGAUCUGUGCUCCCCUCUCAGUCUAUCCGUGCUUUUGUAAGUUUACUUUAGAAUAUACUCAAAACGUUUAUCUUUAUUUUCCUAGACUGCUUCGUCUCUCUGGCUUUCUUCCUCGACAUGACGAAUGACUAUGCAAUCCUCCAAAACGAGAUGGCCACCCGUGUCUGGAACUUCUUUUUCGGCCCCACCGUCCUCAUUUUCACCUUCAUCAUUCUUCCUUCCUAUCGUGACACGAUCAUGUGUGGGUAAGAGAAAACUACCGUAUCCCGAAAAAAUUUAAUUAAACAUUGUGCUUGACAGGUGUAAAUAUCGUCGAUUCCAACGAAAAAUUCAGAUGAGUAUGCUAGCGGCGCCAACUGCUCAAGGAGUGACUCAACAGAUUCGGGUAGGGAAAACAAACUUUGAGAAAAUAUUUUGUUUUUUUUCUAAUUUUAGAUCGCAGAGCCUGAGAAACUACCAGUUAUUUCGAUGCAGCCGCAGAAGGAGAAGGUGGUUCUGGAGCCAAUCUUUGUCACAACUUCAAGUGCCGAUGGAAAGAAGAGACCGCCGAAACAAGCGUACCCUGUUCAAAUGGGAAUUUGA